GACGCCACAUCCGGCGCGCUGCCAAGAUGGCGGCGGGGCGCGGGGCCCGGUAACGGCGCGGCCAUGGCGGCGGCGGCGGCGCACAGCGUCCGCGUCCUGCGGGAGCUGAACCGGCAGCGCGCGGCGGGGCAGUUCUGCGACGCGACGCUGGGCGUGGGCGGGCGGGAGUUCCGCGCCCACUGGCCGGUGCUGGCCAGCUGCUCCCGCUUCUUCCGCGCCCGCGGGCCCGGCGGCCCGGUGGCGCUGCCCGAGGGCCUGGCCGACACCUUCCAGCUCCUCCUCGACUUCUUCUACACCGGCCGCCUGGCCCUCACCGCCCACAACCGCGCCCGCCUGCUGGCCGCCGCCGAGCAGCUCGGCGUGCCCGACGCCGUGGCGCUCUGCCGGGCCUUCCGCCCCGCCGGGCCCCGGCAGCGGCCCCGCCGCACCGCCGCCUCCGCCGCCCCGACCCCGACCCGUCCGGGGGAAGCGGACAUCGCGGCCGCGGCUCCCCCGCAGCCCGGAGGCCAGGCGGCCACCCCCCCGGCCCCGGAGGAGGCGGCGGCGGGCGACGGCGGGCGGGGGGACAGCGACGCCGAGUCCCUGCCCGAGAAAAAGGCCCUGCAGAGCAAAAAGAACCCCCCCCCGGGGAAGGCGCCCGGCGGCGCGGGGACGCCCGGGAGCAGAAAAGGUACAGCGGUGCCGGUCGAGUGCCCCACAUGUCAUAAAACCUUCCUCAGCAAAUAUUGCCUUAAAGUGCACAACAGGAAACACACUGGAGAAAAGCCAUUUGAAUGUUCCAAAUGUGGCAAAUGUUAUUUCAGAAAAGAGAAUCUCCUGCAACACGAAGCCAGAAAUUGCAUGAACCGAUCUGAGCAGGUUUUCACGUGUUCAGUCUGCCAGGAGGUGUUCAAGAGGCGAAUGGAGCUGCGGCUGCACAUGGUGUCGCACACAGGGGAGAUGCCGUACAAGUGCUCCUCCUGCGCCCAGCAGUUCAUGCAGAAGAAGGACCUGCAGAGCCACAUGAUAAAGCUGCAUGGUGCGCCAAAGCCCCACGCGUGCUCGACCUGCUCCAAGUGCUUUCUGUCUCGGACAGAGCUGCGCCUGCAUGAGGCCUUCAAGCACCGGGGAGAGAAGCUGUUUGUCUGCGAGGAGUGCGGGCACCGGGCCUCGAGUCGCAACGGCCUGCAGAUGCACAUCAAGGCCAAGCACAGAAAUGAGCGGCCCUACGUUUGCGAGUUCUGCCACCACGCCUUCACGCAGAAAGCCAACCUCAACAUGCACCUGCGCACGCACACCGGCGAGAAGCCCUUCCAGUGCCACCUCUGCGGCAAGACCUUCAGGACGCAAGCGAGCCUGGACAAGCACAACCGGACCCACACCGGGGAGCGUCCCUUCAGCUGCGAGUUCUGCGAUCAGCGCUUCACAGAGAAGGGGCCCCUGCUGAGGCACAUUGCCAGCCGGCACCAGGAGGGGAGGCCCCACUUCUGCCAGAUCUGUGGGAAAACGUUCAAAGCUGUUGAACAGCUGCGCGUCCACGUCCGCCGGCACAAGGGCGUGAGGAAGUUCGAGUGCACCGAGUGCGGCUACAAGUUCACGCGGCAGGCUCACUUGAGGCGCCACAUGGGGAUUCAUGACCGGGUGGAGAACUAUAACCCCCGGCAGCGGAAGCUGCGGAACCUGAUCAUCGAGGACGAGAAGGCCAUGGUGGUGGCACUGCAGCCGCCGCCGGAGCUGGACGUGGGCUCGGCCGAGGUGAUCGUGGAGUCCCUGUCCCGUGGCGCCCUGCCCGAGGAGCUCCCUGUGCAGAGACUCUGCUCAAACGAGAACUUCUCUACAGCAGAUGUGAUCGAGCAAUCGCUAAUUAUAACGACGAUUCCCGAAGACUGUGAAACAUAGCGUGACCGCCUGCGCGCGUCCUUCCUACCAAAACACAAUAAAGCGUUAGGCUGGAGCCGCUCUCUGCUGCGCUUGUUCUUUCCGAGUUGUGCAGCUGCCCCUUCCCCUCCUCCCCACAAAGCUCCCACCCCAGGUUGCAGGGAAGUGAAGUUAUAAUCGGGUCACAAAUGAAGAAACAAAUGUGAAGCUAGUCAGAAUGGCUACUUAAAUAAACGUACGUGUGCUGUAUGAGGCAGGAUGUGACUGCUGACUCCAUGUGUGUAAUACUGUGAAUCGCUUUUUAACGAGCUCUCGUUUGUGGCUGGAGGGACAGCUGGUGCUCGCCUCCCCUUUCCUCCAGUGCUCUUGCCUUGCACAGGCAGUUCUGCCUUUUGAGUCUGAAAGCUCGUGAUUAAAGCUUACCUUCCCCAAGA